UAUAAUCAGUAUGCUGACCUGACGGCCCAAAAAGUGUUACACAUCAUCUUCAUCAUCGCCAUACUGCUGGCCAACGGUUUGCUCAUAUUCAAGAAUGUCCGUAAAGGUGAUGUCAUGUACAAGCCAAAAACAAUGACAAUUUUAUCACUGGCCACUGGAGAUGUUCUUAUGGCUCUGUUUCCCAUGGUUGUGACCACUUUAAUUUUGUUCAACGCUUUCAUACCACCAUCUUGUAGUUUUAAUGUAACGUACACGAUUUACAUGCCAUAUCUGAUUACUUUUGUGUUUGGUCUUGGAUUAAUGGUUUUAGGAUUAGAAAUUGUUCAACAUCACAAAAUUUCAUCCUUAAGUAAAAACUCCAAACUCAUUUGUUCAUUGAUUGCCAGCAGUAUUCCGUGGAUUCUUGGACUUAUUAUCAUCUUACCUCUUGGUUUGGCUAACAUUGAUAUGGACACGUGCAAGAAUAGUCAGACUAUUGAUCAGUUCAAAGCCUUGAUUGUCUUAGGCAUUCUCCUGCCAGCAUGUGGUGCCGUCAUUACUUCUUUCAUUGUCAAGUGCAUAGACCAGGCCAGGUACCAACAAUUAGUGAGUAGCCAUCCACAAGUCAUGGUUGAUUUAAAUACAGGGGACACGGCUCAUGACAUUGAUAACGGUAACCCACAUGGUAAUUCUUUCAUCGUCCCUAUUCCCAUGGGAAACUUGGGAACUGCAGACGACCUUUCGCUCGAUUCAACGCAGAGACGUAACAGGCUUCUCGUCAUCUCAAUAAUCUAUUUCAUAUUAGUCACGCCUUUAACUAUUUUUGUUCUCGGCUUUGCUAUGAAUCCAAAUGCCAUACGGUUGGGAGUAGUGGCUUCUGCGACUUUAACUAGAUUAGUAUACUGGCUAAAUGUUAUCAGAUCUGUCAUCACACCAAUUCUAAUGUACAGCUAUUCUGAUAAGUGAAGCUUUCAAUUUUAAUGCAGACUGACGCCCUGAGCAUGGGAAAAUUUUCUGAGGUCAGCUUUAGACUUUCAAAUCUCAAUAUGCAAUCUGAAAUAUACCAAACCGACGCUUCAGGCCAGACACAGUACAUUAGCAGACACAGAACGUUAGCAGACACAGAACUUAAGCAGACACAGAACGUUAGCAGACACAGAACUUUAGCAGAUACAGAACAGUAACAGACUUAGGACGUUAGCAAGCACAGAACCGUGUCCGACUUAGAACUUAAAACAGAGUAGUAGCAGGACUUUAGAAGAUAUCAUUGGAUAAGUAUGUUUAUUUGCUCGGCACAGGCGCAGCUAUCAGGGGGCAGAGGUUUACGUGCGCCAAAUCAGUGGGGACACAAAAAUAGAAUGUCAUGGUAAUGUGUUGAUUAAAAUCAAAGGGUUUCAUAGCUGACAGAAUGGGCCUGGGGCGUAGCAAUGAAUCUUUUUCGGCGCACGUCAAAAACUGUAGCUACGCUUCUGUGUCUCAGCAACCCGUUAAUACUCCAUAUGUUAGUGUCUGGACUUGACUCCAAGGCUCAACCAAACUGUUUUGGUACAUUUCUUGGUAUAUUUUUUUGGAACAUCUUUUGGUGCAUCACUUCGUACGCCUCUUGGCACAUCUCUUGGUACAUCUCUUGGCCCAUCUCUUGGUACAUCUCUUUGUACAUCUCUUGGUAUAUCUCUUGGUAUAUCUCUUGGUACAUCCCUUAGUACAUUUCUUGGUACAUCUUUUGGUACAUCUCUUGGCAAUUCUUUUGGUACAUUUUCGCUACACCUUUUGAUACAUCCCUUAGUACAUUACUUUCUUCAGAUCGUCUUUUCAACUGAGUUGACGGUGUGGCUGUUAAAACGUUGUUUUUUUUGUUUUUUUAAACUCAAAAAUGAGAGCUUAUCAAAGUGUAGAUACAAAGAACACAUUUUAAAAGAAAGCCGCAUGGUAAAACCGCAUGUCAAUCAAUAUCAGUUUGAAGCCUCAUAAUUGAACUCUGUCAUUUUUUACAUAACUUACAUAGUUUUGUUAAAAAUCAGCCUUAUAAGUGUUUGGAUGUUUCUUUCGAUCUUUUCAUAAUAGAAAUGAAAGAUUAUAAAAUAAAUGUUUGUGUUUGUUUGUGUGUGUAUGUUUGUGUCUCAGUGUGUGUGUGUGUGUGUGUGUGUGUGUGUGUGUCUGUGUGUUUGUGUUUGUGUGUGUGUGUGCCAAUGAUUUCAUUUUAUGUUUUAAAUUAUCAAAAAAAAAAAAAAAACUCACAUUGUAACAAUAAAAUUUUGUAUUUAUAAAAUGUCUUUCGC